UUUACUGUAUUCUUAAUUGAAAUUAUAAAGGAAGUAUAUUAUGGAUGUGCAAAUGAUAAGUUUGGGGGAUGUGGUUCCCUCUUGUUGUUACACUUAGGCAGUUUUCAGCCGUCAGAUAUCAUUAAAGAAGCUCAAAGAGGAAAAGGAUACAUAUGCAGAGGAGGAAUGAUGGCAGAAGAAGCUGUCUCGCUUUUCAAAUGUUUCUAUGAGCCGGCCAAUCCCAACGCACCGAAGCCACACCGCCUCCAAGUUCAAAGAGUGAGAACUUGA